UAUCUCGCUCGAGGAGUCGACGAGCGUCGCGAGCAUGCUGGAGCCGUCGAGUGGACGAGCCAAGAUAUCGGCUGUCUACCGAGUGAAGCAGCCAAUCGAGAACUUGAAGAUAAGGGUGCGCAUAGUGCAGCAGAAGUCCUUGCUGGCCGAGCUGUUCGAGAACGAGGGCGAGACGCGCGACAGCAACUUCCUGGAGGCCGAGGAGCGCGAGUUCUCGUGGCAGGAGAAGGUGCUGGGGCCGCGCGAGGCGAGGCGGUACCGGGACGAGGGCAACUGCGCGACCGACCAGCAGAAGGCCUACCACCGGCGCCUGCUCGAGUCGCCGGCCGCGGGCUCGCGGCUCUACUCGUACGUGGAGGCGGACGCGCACUGCCCACAGGCCGGCCCGCUCGCGGGCUGCGCGUUCAGGUCGCGGCUGGCGCUGCGCAACGAGCGGGCCGCCGCGCCGGCGCCGGCCAACCGCAAGCCCUUCGCCAAGCGCCACAACAAGAGCGUGGUGGACGAGCGCCCGUCCGACGGGCGCGUCCGCGCGACCCACUACUUGUACAAGGUAGGCCGUCGCCGCCGCCGCCCGGCCGCCCCGCGGCCACCAGCUCUCACCGGCCUUUGCGCGCGCGCAGGAGCGGCAGGCGAUGCACAUCGUCGCGGACCUGUCGCCGAGGGACGAGAGCAGCGUGGACUCGGAGGUGCUGCUCUGCCGCCUCAGCUACGACCCGCUGCGCAAGACCCUGCGCCUCAGCCCGGACUUCAGCGCGCGCGACUGCUACAGCGUGGACGGCGUGGGCAUGAGCUACGACUACUGGAUCGAGCACGUGUCGCCGAGGCCGAGCGCGCGCGAGCUGCAGCGCCGGCGCGACGCCGCCGCCAAGGAGGCGCGUCGGCUGCGCGCUCUCAGGGAUGCCCAAAUGUUUCGCGAGAUGAGCGCACCGCAGCCGCGCGUUCUGCGACUAUUCCUCAACCUGGACAUCCGAUCGGCCAGGGACUUCGCCCACGACGACGCGCUCUUCGUCAGCUACUUCCUGGACCUGCCCGAGCACUGGACCUCGGCCGGGCGACCGGCCGGGCGCACGCAGCGCUGCCGGGCGCGCGACGGCGCCGCUCACUUCGCCUACUCCAGCGAGGUCGUUCUGGACCUGGACCAGGACGCCGCCGCGGCUUCCGGCCGCUGGCCAAGCCUGCUGUUCUCCGUCGGCUCGAUCGACAGCUGGACGAGGUACAGGCUCGAGGGCUACGGCUGGCUGGCGCUGCCGACGGACCCGGGCAGCUUUGGCUACGAGCUGGCGACCUGGCGACCGGCGGGCGGCCUGUUGGACUCGCUGCGGCGCUUCUUCACGGGGGGCGCCUGCGAGCUCGACGACAUCUCCUACUGCGCGGUGCCGGCGAUGCAGCACGAGGCCGGCAGCCUGGACAAGCGGCGGCUGCGCGUGCUGCCCAGCGGCAGUCUGCAGCUGAGCGUCCACACCGCGCACCAGAGCCGGCACCCGGCCGAUUGUCGCCUGCGGCGUCGCCGCCGCCGCGGCGACGGCCUCGCCGCACCGAGUGCGGCCGACCUGCUGCACGGCGCCGACGACGUGCUGGCCCGCUUCAAGGCGGCCAGGGAGCGCAUGAUCCAGGCGCGCGCCAUGUACCCCUCGUGAGCUACGCCAGAGGGUGGGGGUCGGGGGGUCGGGGGUCGGGGGCGGGGGCGGGGGCGGACAAAGUGCACCUGCUGCUCGCCUCUUUAACGGAGCUGAUUCUCUUUUAUUUCAACAAAAAUAACAAUUUACAUCGAAUUGUUGCCGCUGCCGCCGCUGGCGCUGCUCUUAAUUCGUCGUAG